AUGUUCUGCCAAAAGUGUCGGCAGCCGCUGAAGCUGGACGGGUCUCUCGAAGGCCUAAAUCCGGCUGCUUACGAUCUUCUCAUAUCAGCAACCACGCAACAACCAUCCAAGCGACAAACCGAGCCCCGAUCCUCGCUUUUACAAUCACAGGAGCAAGCUAGAAAAUCUCUCUACGAUCGAGUAUCGCAAAACUCGACCCAGCCAACGUUCAAACGACAUCAUGGAGGCAAUCCACGCGACUCGACCAUGUCAUUCAUCUACCUGACUGAGUCGCAGGUUGGUCAUCCACAACCAACAGCUAAGGAGUCGCCCCCAGCUCCGCCGCAACAGGCCAAGAGGUCAAAUUCCAAUCAAGAGUCUGUUUCAGCCAGCCAACAAUCUUCAAGAGGCGAUGAGAUGGAAAGAAUCAACAGAUUAUUCGAGAUUCUCUCCGCACGAUCCGACAUAGACCAUCCCGUUUGCGUAGAAUGCACAGAUCUCUUGAUAGAUGGACUACAAAGAAAGCUGGAGGCUUCGUCCAAGGAGCGAGAUGCAUAUGUACAACACCUUAGACAAGUUAAAACAGAACGGCCCGGUACAGACGAGAUCAAAUCUCGUCAAGAGCGCCUCAAAAAGGCUGAGAAGGAUAAAAUCGCUGCCAUGGAUAAUUUGCGACAGCUGGAGAAAGAAAAAGAUGCUCUCGACGAGGAGAUUUUGGCGCUUGAAGAAGAAUCCCGCCAGCUCGAUAAGGAAGAGGAGACAUUUUGGCGAGAACGAAAUGCUUUCGCGACGAAAAUGGCCGAUUUCCAAUCAGAACGGGACAGUAUCAACGCCAAAUACAGCCAUGAUUCCCAGCUGCUUGACAAGCUUCAACGGUCAAAUGUCUACAACGACACGUUUUGCAUCAGCCAUGAUGGCAGUUUUGCCACCAUCAAUGGGCUUAGACUCGGAAGACUGUCUAAUAAACCAGUGGAUUGGCCAGAGAUCAAUGCAGCCUGGGGUCAUGCUCUCCUGUUACUUGUCACCGUGGCCGAGAAGCUCGACUACAAAUUUCACGGAUACGAUCCGCAACCAAUGGGAAGUACGUCCAAAAUCAUUCGAUACGACGUGCCCAGUCCGUCGUCCAGUCGACUUGGCACCCGAGCCAUGCAGGCACCUCCGAAGAAACAUGUUUUGGAGCUGUACAGUUCUGGAGACAUGCCUUUGGGCCUGACAUUUAUGCACCGCAAGUUUGACAAUGCAAUGGUUGCCUUUCUGGACCUGGUAAGGCAGCUUGGUGCUCAUGUACAGAAACAGACGGAGCGGUCCAUGAACGUGCUCUCCCUCCCGUACAAAAUUGAAGGUGAUAAGAUUGGUGAGGUGAGCAUCAAGCUCGGAAUUGCACAAGAUGAUGGUUGGACAAAGGCAUGCAAGCUCACUCUCACAUGCUGCAAGUUCCUUCUAGCACACGCCAGCAAUGUUGGGUCACAUGCCAUGAGCACAAAUUCAUGA